ACACCCAUGACCAGAGCUGUGUUGGCUGGCUGCUGCUAGCUGGCUGCCUGUCGGUCUGACAACUCGCUUACAUCGGGUCAGCACAAGGGGGUUAGCGGCGGUGGAGAAGAACGGCGACCCCAGCGCCGCUACGAAAUGGCGGGCCAACAGUUCCAAUAUGACGACAGCGGGAAUACGUUUUUCUAUUUCCUCACGUCCUUCGUUGGACUCAUUGUGAUCCCGGCCACAUACUACCUCUGGCCCCGGGAUCAGAAUGCUGAACAACUGCGUCUUAAGAGCUUGCGAAGGGUCCACGGGAGAUGCCUAUGGUACCGGCUGCGGCUGAUGAAGUCACAGCAGAGCAUCAUUCCAACACUUAAGAAAGCAGCUUUGUUAUUUGGGUGGGUUGUGUUUCUGUUGCUGGCCUACAAGGUGUCCAAGCUGGACAGGGAGUACCAGGAGUAUAAUCCAUAUGAAGUCCUCGGCCUGGACCCGGGCGCGUCUCCGUCCCAAAUCAAAAAGCAAUAUCAUUUGCUGUCACUCAAGUACCAUCCUGAUAAAGGAGGGGAUGAGGCGAUGUUCAUGAUGAUCGCCAAAGCCUAUGCUGCCCUGACCAAUGAACAGUCACGACAGAACUGGGAAUUGUACGGCAACCCAGACGGUCCUGGAGCCACCAGCUUUGGUAUUGCACUUCCUGCCUGGAUUGUUGACCAGAAGAACUCCAUGCUUGUGCUGCUUGUCUACGGAUUUGCCUUCAUGGUUAUACUGCCUGUUGUCGUGGGGACAUGGUGGUAUCGAUCCAUCAAAUACAGCGGAGACCAGAUCCUCAUCAACACCACUCAGCUCUUCAUGCACUUUAUGUACAAGACUCCCAACAUGAACAUGAAACGACUUGGGAUGGUGUUAACAGCAGCCUUUGAGUUUGACCCACGCAGCAAUAAAGAAGCCACAAUACGGCCUACAGACAACAUCGAGGUGCCACAGUUGAUCCGAGAGUUGGGAAACAUCAACGUCAAGAAGAAAGAGCCACCGUUUUGUUACCCCUACAGUUUAAAAGCCAGGGUUCUGGUUCUGUCUCACCUGGCCCGGAUGGAGGUGUCCGAGGAGUUGGAAGAAGAUCAGAGGUUUGUGGUGAGGAAGUGUCCAGCUCUCCUCCAGGAGAUGAUCAACGUGGGCUGCCAGCUCACAAUGAUGGCCAACAGCAGAGGAGGUUUUCACGCACCUCGUCUGGUGACAAUAGAGAACUGCAUGAAGUUGACCCAGAUGACAGUCCAGGGCCUGCAGGAGUCUAAAUCCCCGCUGCUGCAGCUGCCACAUUUUGAAGAGGACAAUCUCCGUUACUGCAUAUCCAAGAAGUACAAAGUCCGAAGUCUGCAGGAUCUGGUGAGCCUCAAAGACUCAGACAGGCGCAUCAUGCUGCGUUUCCUGGGAGAGGAGAAGUAUGAUGAGGUCAUGUCUGUGCUGGGCAGCUUCCCUCACAUCACCAUGGAAACCAAACUGCAGGUUCUGGAUGAUGAAGACAGCAAUAACAUCACGGCGGGCUCCAUCGUCACAGUCACCGUCACGUUAACCAGAAAACGCAUGGUGGAGGUGUUUGAAAAAGAGCAAGAGCAGCAGCUACAGUGUCCGGGAGGAGAGGAAGUCGCCAACGCGGAAGAAGGGCAAGGGGAUGCCAGUAAAGCCAAAGUGAAAGUGUGGCAGAACAAGAAUAAAGGGGCGAAGAAGACGGCAAAGUCCAAGAAGAAAAAGUUAACCAAGAAGAAGGCCUUGCCGGCGACGGUCAAGGCCAAGCAGGCCAACGGCAACGUGACAGGAAAUGAGGCUCCUGCUGCUGCUGCUGCUGCCGCCGCCGCCACCGCUGCUGCUGCCACCACGGCGGCAAAGGAAGAAGACGACGAGGCGUCGGACAAAAGCUGUGAGUCAGAUGAGGGAGAAGCCAACAAGGACUCGCCCAGCGAGAGGGACGAGGACAGCGACAAACAAAGUGACACGGAGGUGGAUGAGAUGGCUGGGGAUGAUGAAGAGGAGUGGGAAGCUUUGCAACAGAGUAUCCAGCGGAGAGAGCGCGCCCUGCUGGAGACCAAGUCCAAAGUGACCCAUCCCGUUUACAGCCUUUACUUCCCAGAGGAGAAGCAGGAGUGGUGGUGGCUCUACAUAGCUGACCGCAAAGAUCAGACCCUGGUCUCCAUGCCCUACCACGUCUGCACGCUAAAGGACACAGAGGAGGUGGAGCUCAAGUUCCCUGCCCCUUCCAAAACGGGGAACUACCAAUAUUCUGUCAUCCUGCGGUCCGACUCCUACAUGGGACUGGAUCAGAUCAAACCACUGAAGCUGGAGGUCCACGAGGCCAAGGCAAUGUUGGACAACCACCCUCAGUGGGACAUCCCCGACACGGAGGAAGAGGACGAGGAGCAGGAGGACAGCGACGGCAUAGAGGAGAGCGAGGACGACGACGAGGACAACGACUGAAUGCAAACACACAUAGUCACACCCCUCCCUCCCUCCCGCGUCAUGGACAGGCCACACCCACUCCCGUACCUGUGACAGCACUCGAAUAUCAACGAGUUUAUACACGCGUGAACUCCGACUGUUCAUUCCCCCCUUUUCUACCAAGACUGGCUCAUCUAGUCCCGCGAGAGCGUGUGGACCGGUUCUGUGAAUACCUAACCCAGACUUGAGUGUGCGUGUGACUGAGUGAGAGGUGUGUGUGUGCACAGCCAUGUGAUUGUAUGACGUGUGUUUGUAUUCUAGUGUUUGUACAGGGAUGGACACACUGGACUGGAGGACCUAUUUUCUGAGCUCUUUUCGAAUCGGGGAAGAAGACUAACAACAACAACAACAACAAAACAUGACCCAAUUCCUCGUGUUUUCCACACCAAUGAUACUUUCUAUUGUAAACGGCAGACGCGGGCUUUGGUCGCCACCAUUUUGGCGCUUAGUCACACCAGCCGAGUCACUUGAUAUCACUCUGAAGCCGGCCCUGGUCUGACACCCCAAAUAUAAGGAGGAGCCGGGCGACUAUUCACAGUGUUAGGAUUCUGUCUGUAUGAGCAUGGGUGAGUUUUCCAGGCUUUUAUGAGGCGCUGAUAUAUAAAUAUAUAAAUACACUAUA